UUAAAUCCACAGAUGUUUUAAAGAGAUAAAUAAAAGUCUGUUUAUUUUCCCUGGAUAACAGUAAAAAUAACUGAUAACAGUUUUGUGAUAAAAACAGAGGAUAUUUUAAAUUUAAUUUUUACCUUACUUUGGCUCAUUUUAAAGCGCACUUGAAUCUAGAGAAGAGGGCAAAAAGAAAAAAAAAUGAUGAAAUACAUUGUUCUAUUUGCCGUGGUGGUGGCUGUUGCAAGUGCCUUCGUUUGCCCACCCAACUUCUGCAGUGGAGUGAAAUGUGAUGAUCUGUCUAACUGCUUGAGAGAGAAUGGACAGAAAAUCAGAGAAAAAGGAAGCUUCUGCAAGUGCUGCGAUAUCUGCGUCAAAGUAUUAGGCGAAGGAGAGAGAUGCAUGCCCGAUCACAUCCUCGGGUCAAUAUCAGCAUCCGAAUGUGACGAAGGACUUGCAUGUCACAGAAGUCACUGGAAGUGUGUCACCAUGGAAGAAUUCUUAGAAGACUAAAACUGUACUCGAAAAGUAUUUGUACAAAAAUGAAAAUAAAACACACAAUACUCUUUUA